UCCGGUAGUAACCGUUUUCCAAAUAUUCGAGUAAAAGGAUUUAAAAGCUGCACCAAACUUAUUUAUUUUUAAACUAUUCAUAUUAAAUACUUUUUAAUUAUCUUCCUAAUAGCUUACUAAUUCAGCAAAAUGACCUAUAACAAUUCAGUAUUAGUGGGAAAUUGGAGUGAAGAGAGAUUACAAAAUGAGUACGAGUUCAAGCUUUUCCUGCGAAAACGUGAUAGGCGUGAGCUGUUACUUCAACGAUCAAGAAAUUUAUUCAGCAACUUGCUAAAAGAGAGGCCCCUUGCCAUUAGCGGAACUUUCGUGCUUUUUGGCUUUAACGUCCAAGUAGUAGCUUCAGAUAUGCCAUUAGCGAAGAAAACGGCGGCUGGAGGUAAACCACAGUAUGGCUUGGCUCUAUCAAGCUUGGUGACCGAACGCCAAGUGGACUACAUGCAAAAUAUCAACGACGGUUGCCUCAUGACUUUGUCGCCGAUCGUCACACCAUGCUGCAGGAACACUUUUGUUAUACUAAGUACCAAAGACGAAAAUAUCCAUGGCCAGAAAAUGAAUUAUGGAGACGAAUUUCUGUUGAGAGCAGAAAAUUAUGGAGAUCCUGAGGCAGCGCCUCUGUAUGUACGAUACACUCCGGAAGGAGUGCCGGGACCUGCAGACAGGAUGCCUAUAAGGUUGAGCGCUACCAAAGACACCAACUGCAGAUGGACCACCAUGCCCCUGCUUCCUUGUGAUCGCCUUGAAGGCUUAGGUAGUCCUAUAAAGACAGGAGCGAGGCUCAUUAUAAAGAAUUGCGUCGCAGAUAAAAGUUUAUGCGUUAUGAAUCAAAGUUGGAUGCAAACGUUUUUUGGACCUGAAUGCGGAGUGACCUGUCGGAAUUACAUCGACAUUCAUAAAAGAUUCACUGCCGAAAAUAUAUUUACUCUAGUUAGCGACGUGGAGACAAAAAAGAUGAGAUAGGGCUUAUCUACCUACUUACGUAUAUAAAAUGAAUGAACUUUGACUUUAAACUACAUGAUAUACCUACCUAGUUCGCGAAAGGUCGACAUGGCAAUCGGGGUAGGGAUGCCCCGUGCGCCCCUCCACGACUCACCUCAUGCCCCAAUUGCCAUGUCGAUCUGUCGUGAACUAUACUUAUUA